CCGGAAGCGGAAGCGGGCGCAGGCGGAGUUGAAGUCGGGAUGAGGAGAUGGAGCUGCGGGGAGAGAAUGAGAGAGCGGAGAUGGCAGCAACCGCCUCGGGCCACAGCAAAAGCUGGAAAAAUGACAGUGUGUUCAAGAUGCCAGAGACGAGGAAACUGCCUGCAACCACCUCCAGGACUCCUUCAAUCCAUCUCAAAUUACAGAAGCAUCGGGAACUAGCCAAGAAAGCCCUGAAGAAGAAAGGAAUAGGAGGAGGACCAAUCUUGCAUCAGCCUAAAUCGGGCACAAAAAGAUUAGUAAAAUUCAAUAAAGGUUACUCUGCCCUGAAACAAAAUCCGGAUGAAUCUUUAGUCUCCUUAGAGUCUGACAGUGAUGGUGAAUUUGAGUCGAAGUAUUAUUCCUCGUCAGGCUAUUCCUCUGCAGAGCAGCAAGUUAAUCAGGACCUGAACCGUCAGCUCCUGAAAGAUGGCUAUCAUCUGGACGAAAUACCGGAUGAUGAAGAUCUCGACCUCAUUCCUCCUAAGCCUGUUACUUCGUCAGCCUGUGCUUGCUGCCAGACAGAAAGCUCUUGUACUGUCCAGUAACUACUGCUACUCCCUCCACCAUGUCAAAAGAUAAUUCCCGUUUAGGCAACUAAAUUUUUUAAUAUAUAUAUUGUGUAUAUAAUAUAUAUAUAUUUUGGCUGAACUUGUUUAAAAGAGAUUAUAAACUGAGAAAUGACAUUAGUACGAUAGGAUCCUGUUUAAAAAUGUUAUUAAGGUCAUUGCAAUUGCUGAUCACUUGCAUUAAAGUUGGUCUAAUCCCGUUCAUGUCUGAAAUGACCAUAUAAAUGCUAUUACUAAUUUCUCCACAUUACACUACUCAUCUUGCCAGUGGCAUCAUUAGAUGAUUAUUACCUAAUACUGGCUUGAAAUUCACAGCCAAACUGAAUUGACCUUUCCCUUCAUUUAUUGAUGAACCCAAAGGAAGGAAACCUUUUGAAGCAGAGAAAUUUGAAUGCUCGAGUAGAAUGUGACUGGACACAAAGGUUGACAGUGAAAUUGCGCACUUUGGUUGUAGUAGGGUGCUUCUAGGUAAUUUAAAAAUUGUUUGCUCCAAUUCUGUGGUCUUACAACAGAUGCUGGAAAUUGGUACUUUUGCACAGAUGCUGACAUGUUAAUGGGCAGCACCAUUUUAUUCCGUAGAAAGGAGUAAAUUUAGUGGGCGGGCUAGGAAUGGAAGGUGGGAAAAACAGUUGUUCUGUUACUAGCCUACAUUCCUGUUGGGCAGUCAACACAGCUGAGAGGGCUUGGGUUUUGGGAGGUGCAGCGAAUCUCUGAAGAGAAAUCUAACUUUCAGACUUAUUUUCGGUCAUCAGGCAGUAGUGGGGUACUGAAAUGCAACUGGGGAAAAUGGCUAAAAUCUGCCCUGAGUUGCAGUCUUUGUAUGUAGAUCAUAUGCAUUGGGCAUCAGCAUCAGAUGAAGGCUGUAGCUUAGUCACUUAGUCACCUAAACUACGCUUGAUUUGGCAUUACGGAAAUAUGGCCAGUAUUGGUUCUUAUUUUGAUAUGAACAAAGAUUUCUUAAUGAUCAUGUUAAUGUUUAGCUCCAAAAUUGUGUAAAAGUAAAUUAGAACUAUUUGAGUAAUUUUGGAGACUCAAUUGUUGGGCCCUUUACUUCAAAAUAUUUUCUGUAAAUUAGCUCAUUGCCUUCUCACUUCGGCCCAUUCAAAUAAGUUUCAAGUUUAUUUUUGAUACAUUCACCAUUAAAGGUGAUUAAAACAUGGUAGGUCUUUCUGCAGAGGAUGAUGGGGUGGCGAAGAGGGCAGAACAGGUGUGAGAGGAAGUGUGAGGACAUCAUUUGUUAUAAGUAAUAGUUGGGCUGCUUUUGACAGGGAAUUGGGAAGCUGCUUAUUAGCCAUUCUUGCUAAACUCGUGUGGUGUGAAAGAAAUAGCCAGAUGGAAGGUAAAUUUCAUCUGCAAAUUUUGGCACUGCACGGCAUUAUUUGACAGAUUGUUUGGCUUCUGUAAGCAUUGUUUUUUUUUGCUAGCCAUCUACUGUAACUUUGCAUCCAUGCUGGUCUGGGUGGCUUUUUGACAACAACAGAUUACUUGCUGUUAGUAGUAACUUGUUAAAUUGAAUGUUGAGGGGGUAGAGGCUAAUCUUCUAAUUACAAUCUAAUUGAUUGGGAUUUUAUUGGUGUAUCUCGUGAUUUCACAUAAGUGACAUGAGGUGUAUUAAAUUGUAAUGGAAAAUAAGCUAUCUCUGGAGUGGUUUAUCCAGCCUGGCUUUUUGAUUCUGUUGUAAUCCACAUUCAAAUUCAAUGAUUUUAAGCACUUUUUUUUUCCAAAAUGGGUUUAUGCAGUUGAAUACUAUGUUGAUUUAGCCACUAAGUAUGAGGCGGCUAUGAUUUCAAAGAGAUCAGCUUUUUCAAUCCCACCAUCGGAAUUACUACAACUGAUUAGUUAGGAAAGAGGCUUCUCUGAGGUACUGAGAGUAUUUGUGUCUGGUUUGUUCAAUUUGAAGACAGCAGCAUUUGAUGCAGUUUGAUUUUAGUCUUCUUACGUCAGUUCUUUAUCUGAAUGCAUUGUGUUUAUGUGCACUUUUGCUUAAAUGUUGAACUUGAACCAAAUGAAAUUGACCUGUUUGUAGUGAGAUGCACUUGCUACUCCCAACAGGCUGUACAGUGACUGUCCAUGUCAGUAUCCUGUAGUGGAAUAUUGCCAUUUUCUUAAGCCAUUUGCUGUUCUUCUUCAUGUCACUCUUGGUUUAAAAUAUUGAUUACGUACUUUUAAAUUUCUUUGACGUUACAGCCAGUUUUGAGCUACAAGGAGGUCCAGAAGCUUGUUUAAAGUAAUAGUUCAGUCUGUUACAAUUUUACUACCUAGGAAUCGUCUCUGCUCCAGAGAUCCAUUGGAACAUUUAUUAUGAGGAUUAACAGAUUGAGCAGUUAUGAAAUGUGCAUCUUGGUCCUUCUUGUUUUGAGGGUAUGUAGCUUAAUUUUUUUUUUAAUGCUUUGUUUCUUCAGUUCAGUUGUUCGAUUUAGUUACAUAAUGCAUGCACCAUGUGAAGUCUGGAUUUUUAAUUUUUUUAAAAAUUCUUUCAUCCAGCUCCAUCAAUACUCCUAAUUUUCCAUUAGAAGUUUGCCUAUAAGUUACCAAAGUUACUUGUUACUUUAUGCAAUAUAUACCUGGUGUUAUUGUGUUUGAGCAUCUUAAAUUGUGGUUUUUAGCUGCUCGUAUGUUUUGCGACUAAUUAAAGAGUUAAUAGUUAGUAACUGGAGAUCACUUAAUGUUUAAAGCAUAAGGGAAAGUAAGCAAGUCAGCAUCACACAGCCUUGAUAAUGAAAUUGUCAGCACCUUGUUUCUUUAGCUUUGAGGUCACUCCGUAAAUAUUAGUAGAAAGUAGAAAUUGUAGGGAGAGGCAGAAAAUUCAAAGAGCAUUUGACUCAGAAACUCUGAACACUAUACAACUUCCCUGCACUUGGGAAUACACGUGAGGUGUUGCCGAGGUCUAUAAGAUUAUUUUAAAUGUCCAUUAGUUCUAUUUAAUUGUUUUGUCCAGGAGCAGCAAAACAUUUUAUAUAAACAAAGUUAAACUUUAAUUCUGUUUGCUGUUUAUUUUGGUGGCUGGUAUAUAUUGUAACUUAGUUAAUUAUAGUUAAUAGUUUAAGAUCACCGUAGAGAAAUAUUUGAAGCUAGUGUUGGAAAACUGUGAUGUUGGCUAAGGGGAUUUAAUUAAUAUUUUACAAACUAAGUUGUAUUAACUUGGUGGUAUUGAAAUACUCAAAGUUUAAUAAUUUUCUAAAUUAAUUCAUCCACCUCAACUCAUCUGUUUAGUGCUGUACUGUAAAUCUCCAAGGACAGCCUGCCAAAAUCUCUCAAUCUUUGUGUUAGUUAUCCGAAUAAAAACCUGUUAUGAUUUUGGCAAUGUUUUUGAAACAUUUGAGAUUGCCUUUCUCCAAGUUUGAAUAUGAACUGCUAGAUUUCUGGAACAGCUACUUGGUGCAUCUUGGUGUGAUCGUAGUUCAAUCUUUAUUCUGGAGAUGGUUGCAUUCUCUUGUUUAGGAGCAGUGCAGUGUACUGGUCAAUGUAUUUUCAAGAUGCAUCUGUAUGUGCAGGUCUCUUACAUUUACUGUGGUAAACUAAGCAUAGACGUUACUGGAAGAAAGAGUGUGUAGGUUGGCAGGAGUUAGUGUCAACCGUUUGUGCUUAGGCUGCCAAAUGGAGCAUGCUGUCGACGAAUAGGAGUCUGUGACUGGAGCUUUGAUUGUCUGUUGAUAACUACCAUCCAUUAUUAAUGUUGUUAUCCAAAUGCUCCUAAAUAAUUCGUGGGUUUUAUUGUGCAGAAGCUUAGACAUUGAAAAAUACUACAAAUAUACUGGACAAGUCCUCUCCUAAAAUACUUGAUAGCAUCCCAAACAUGCAUGGAUGUUAUGAGUAUUUCAUUCGUAAUUCAACUGGGGAGCUGGAACACUUAGCUCAUUAUACAGUAAGGGGACUUAGUAACGUUUUCUUCCCAGACUAAAACAGAAAUGAUCUCUAAGCAAAGUGAUGCAAUUCACCAUUCUACCAUGGUUGUCAUUACUAAGAUAAGUUUGAGGAAUUUGGCUACCUGAAAAGUUGUAUUGCUGUACACCUACAUGUUGUUAAAUGUAAUCUUUCAAAGAAUACAGAAAAGGGAAGCUUAAAAAGUUAUAUGGAAGGAAGUUUAAUGUUUUGUACACUUCCUUACCCAUAACAUUUCUCAGAAUAUGGACAUUGAAGAUAUAGUUAAGAAAAUUGAAUGUGACUUGUGUGUUGUGUUAUAUUUUCUGGAAACUACAAUGGAUUGUGAAAAUGCACUGGGCCACAUGGCCAUCUGGUUCUGAAGCCGUCUUUUAGUUUUCAAUUUACACGGUGUAUGCAAAAUAUAAAGACUAAAUAUUCUUCCUGUGCAAUACAUAGAGUUAACUACAUUUUAUUAAAUUGCAUUUUUUUUGUAUGUUAUUGGUAU